AUGGCACGAAACGGUAGGAGGCUAACCUUGCAUGAGAUCUACAGUGAUGAUGUUCCCCCACUUGCUGAUUCAACUUGGCAGCAACUCCCCAAAGUCAAGCAAAAAUCGAAAAGGAAACCCAAAGCAAUGCAUCCAAAAAAUGGCACCACUGUUUGCAGAGGUAGGCUAAUUCAGACAAUAGAGGAGCCCCUUAAUUCAGUUGAAGAGGCUCCGUUAGUGGAUACACAUGCAGCAAUCGAGGCUCCAUAUGGAGUAAGCACCCCCGGAUUAUCCAACAACAAUCCCGUCACAAGUUCUCAUCCAACCAGACUCCCAACCAUAAGAACACUACUAAAUAAAGUGCGUGACGCUAGUAUCACAACCACGGCCCAGAAUGUGUUUGAUAUGUGCACUUUCUACAACAAACCGCACUCAUUGGUGUCUGAUUUGGGGAGGCCAAACGCGGUACAGGAUGACCAGCAAAACAAUAUGAGUGAGGGAAACAUGGACAACUCUCCUGUGCUGUAUCACCUUGAUUUACAGAGUGCCCAACCACCAAGUGGGAACUUGCAGAAAGUUGCAAUCAAUUUCUUGUUAAAUGACGAGUUGGAGAGACCCAACAUUCAACCAUACCCUGAUGUCCAAGACGUGUCGGACUUUGAAGAGACCAACCCAAACGGUACUCAGCAGAGUUAUGACGCUGCUGAAGUAGAGGAUGGGGUUACCUCACACGACACACGAAACAAACUAAACUCCUCUCGAAGCAAAACACGACGGCAAUACUCCAUGACUGUUUUCGAUGCGAUGGAUUUGCUACACUGUGAGAAACCGAUUUACAAAUACUAA